CAUCUUUUAUGCUUAAGAUGGACAAAUCAUCCUUCAGUUUAAAGACGAGCUCAACAAGAAUUUCCGCAUAAUGUUCAAUAACUUUCGAUAUUAAUUUAUUAUUUAUGGUAUAACUGUUUAUAUACUAUCACUGCCAAAGUAGCGAAAACAACGCGUUUGAAAGAGGUUGGAAAAUCAGGAAGCCUUUUGUUACGCAAAAAAAUGAAAGAAACUGGGCGUGCUCAAUCGGAAAGGGAAAUAGCCAGGCUGGUGAGUUGAUUUUAUUCCUUAUUUGCAAGUAAAAUUUCGCAUUUACUUGAAAGUAUAUGUCUUGCUUGUUGUUGUGUAUUGCAUCAAUUUCAUAUGAUACAUUAAUACUUGUAUAGAUAAACUUAUAGCUUAAUUGUUUUGUGUAAUGUGAAUACUAGCUAAAUUAUUAUGAAAUUAUUUUGAACUUAAUAAUAUUUCAAUCUAUAUUUUCGGGGUUUUUCAAUUCCAACAAAUUAAUUGAUAUUUGUUGCAUGUUUACAGUUCUUGCUGUUUACAUUUUUAUAUAUAAAAUUGUUAUAGGCUUUUAUUUAUAAAUAUAUAUAUCUAUACAAAAGUGUGGAAGAGCCAGUAAAACAUAUCAGGAAUUGUCUGUUUUUUUUUACGUUUUUAGAUCUCUGAGAUCCUAUACAACAUUAGACGAACGAUCUUACUAACAUUAUACUGAUGUGAAUAUAGCACUAUUUCUGCCAGUGUGUAUAUAAAGAAAUUUAAUCUGUGGUUUAAGUUUUCAUAUCCUUAAUUCCCAGAUAACCGAUGCAUUAUUAUCUUAAGCAAGAAAAUGAAGUGAAAAUCCCACUACACUUAUAGCAAGUGAUUUAUAAAUAUUCCUGUAUAUUACAGAGAAAGCGAAAUCAGGCCAAAAGCCCAGUGAAAGAAAAUGUUAGAAAAUUUGAAGGAAAAUCCGAAAGUCCGAUCCAAGAAAAUGUGAAGAAGUUUGAAGGAAAAGCACAAAGUCCGAUGCCAGAAACGUCUCGAACCAAAUCGCCAAAUGUCAACAACCAGCGCCCGAAUACAUUAUACAGUCCUACCCGAAGUAAUUCUCCAGGGCUUUCGUCCCCUCUCCGAAGCAAAUCUCCGGGACUUUUGUCUCCUCUACGAAGUAAAUCCCCAGGUGUUUCUUCUCCUAUACGAAGUAAAUCCCCAGGUGUUUCUUCCCCUAUACGAAGUAAAUCCCCCGGAGUUUCUUCCCCUAUACGAAGUAAAUCACCUCUUGUUAAUACCCCUACCAGAAAUGAGUCCCCCACUCUCGGUAGCCCAAGCCGGAAUAAGUCCCCGGGGAUUGAUACCUACAACCGAAGUAAGUCACCGGCAAUUGACACCUAUACCCGAAGUAAGUCACCAGGGAUUAAUACCAUCAACCGUCCAAAGUCUCCAUUAGCACGUAGUCCGUCUCGGAGCAAAUCACCGGGGAUGGUAAGCCAAUCGCCUGCUUCAUCUCCCACCAAACCUCCGGCUGUGUCUAAAUGGACCAAGCUUAAUAACGGCUGGAGCAAGGAAGACCCUGUGAUCCCUGAAAUGGCCAACAACACCGAAAGCACACCUGAUGACGAAAACCUAGGCACAGUCGGUGAUACAUUUGAUAUAUCUUGGUAUUUUGAUAACAUUGAAUAUGUCACUGAUACGAAAGCCCCGGAGACUAAAUUUCAGGCAGUAGAGGAUAUUUGGCCCGGGGCUGAAAGUCCUGGAAAUGUAAAACAGAAUGAGCAACGAUUCCGAAAUUCUCUGAAUUAUAACAUCGCUGCUUGGAAUGACGAAGAGUAUGAAGAUAGACCGAAGAAAGCGGAUGAUUUUAUUCAACGUUUGUGUGACCAGGUGAAUAAUACAGCAUUGGUAAUCUUUCUUUAGCCAGAGUUACACUUAGGUUUAUCCAUAGUAAGUUUCACUAAGCGCCAUGUCACGCACCAGAUGGCAUGAUCAAUCAAUCAAUCAAUCAAUCAAUCCAAAAUAUUUAAUCAAGAUACCUACGAGCUAUAUACAGGAGGUAGGUCCUUGCAGGAGGAUCGGAAGGUUAACCCUAUAUAAGAACCCCCUCAACAGUUGUCAGAAUGUCGCAUUUAUUAGGGAAUUAAGUACCCUGAAUUAGGGAGUUUCUUGUUAUGGGCCCCAUAUAUCCUUUCUAAACUGAUUAAAUGAUGCUCCCAUUAUGCUUUGCACGCUUAGAGCUUAAGGUUUAGAGUUUAAGGUAGUUUCAAAGAACAACCUUUUUUGAAUUAGCUGUGAACAAACGCCAAAUUUGUCAACUCAAUUGCUAACCCUUUGUUCAAUAGGUACGAAAUCAUGUGGAAUAUCUCUGUGGGUUGAGCUUUAUCAACUACAAAGCCGUCUCUUAUAAAGUCCGUGUGGCUGGUGCUGAAGGAAUAUUUUACUAUGUCAAGGUUUGUUAAAGAGAAUGAUAUUUUUCAACAAAUAGAGGCAUUAAAACUGAUUAAUAAAUUCUUGUUUUUUUUUCUUCAUAUGCAGGUGAACGUCUGGCAGAAUUAUUGUCUACAUUUGAGAAUUUUUAGUCGUAAAAAUGAGCUCAAAGCCAUUCCAGUUUUGCAGGCCAUUCUUGAACGAGCUCAGCCGGACAAUGGGAACAUUGAAUAUUUUUAAAAUCAUUUGGAAAUAAUGCAUGCAACUUUGUAGUAUUUUCAACCUGAAUUUGCAUUUUAUACCGGAUAACUUGUCAAAUACAAUUGGCCCAUUGCAGAAUAAUUAAGUUAAAUUAUGUCAAACAAUUUGUGACAAGAUUGCAAGAAUUUUAAAACAAUGGAAAGAUAAUGGAACAUUUCGGUCACUGAAUCGUGACUGCAAGAUCGUAUUGUAUUUAUAUUCAAAAGUAAACUACCCAAAAUGUUUAUUUUCCUACGAUUCUUCGUUUAUAACUACAGGUUGUGUAUCAUGAUAAUUUUAGCAUUUUAAUAAAUUAUUUACAAUAUUAGUUAAGCCAACAUGCAUAAUUAUAUUGCUAUUUAAGUUGUACAGUUCUAUACAUAUAUAUUUACACUAAUGUAUACCUAAUAUAAUGAAAAUUCAUCUUAUAAACAAAUAUCUAGACCAGCUAGUAGUUAUUAAUAUUAUAUAUAAUGAAAAUUCAAUUUAAUUAGAAACCUCAAAAAUAGUUCAAUGGUUUUUGUUUUCCUUGGUUAGACAGCACUGCCUCAAGCGUCAUUUCUUCGCCUUUAUAACUGUAUGGACGGUGGAUCCGCAGAUGAACGCAUUCAUUGCUUGAUAUGCUUGCCUAAAGAAUGAAAAAUGUUAAAAACGUU